AGUUAUCUCUCUCUGACUCAUUGUAUUUCUCGUAAAGCACUGGGCACGCGUAGUGAUCAAUAUGUCCACGUGAUCUGUCGUCAGUCGCGACUCGCGUAAUUGCAAAUGCAAAAUGUACAGGAAAGAAACGUUUGUGUUACAAUGAAAUCGUAAAUAUUUUGUUAUUAUAAGUUGUAGUGUUGUAGUUUUAAAAUGCCUGCGUCUAUUGGUGUCAAUUUACGUGUAACUGGCCACUGUAGCCAAGGCGGGAGAAAGUACAUGGAAGACUUGUUUUCCGUUGCUUAUCAACAAACUGAAGAUGAGAGGGACUUGGAGUAUGCAUUCUUCGGAAUAUACGAUGGACACGGCGGGAGCGAGGCUGCAGCUUUUGCAAAGGAGCAUUUGAUGGACUCUAUUGUGAAGCAGCGGCAGUUCUGGUCCGACAACGACGAGGAUGUACUCAAAGCAAUCAGAAAUGGUUACAUGUUGACCCACUUGAACAUGUGGAAAGAGUUAGAAAAAUGGCCAAAAACAGUAACAGGGUUACCAAGCACGGCAGGUACAACCGCAAGCAUAGCUUUUAUACGCCGUGGUAAAAUAUAUAUUGGACAUGUCGGAGAUUCUGCUAUCGUACUUGGUUACCAAAAAGAUGGUUGUGAGGAGUGGGCAGCCAAACCAUUGACUUCCGACCACAAACCAGAAUCCACAACAGAAAUAGAAAGAAUCCAAAGAUGUGGUGGUAAGGUGGUCUCCAAAGCUGGAGUACCUCGAGUCGUGUGGAACAGACCUCGUCUCGGACACAAAGGACCCAUUAAAAAGAACACUCUCAUGGAUGAGAUACCUUUUCUAGCUGUAGCAAGGUCACUAGGGGAUCUGUGGAGUUAUAAUCCACAGAAUGAUGAAUUUAUAGUCAGUCCUGACCCUGAUGUCGGCGUGUUGACUAUAGACCCGUCCAAAUUCCGAUGUCUGAUUUUCGGCACCGAUGGCCUGUGGAACAUGAUCUCGCCGGAGGGCGCCGUCAGUCUAGUUCAAGCAACCGAGCGGCAUAAUGAAGCCGCUCUCGUUGGCGGGAAUGGUAAUCAGCCAAGGGACUGGUUGAACCCAUCCAAAAGUCUAGUGGAUCAUGCUUUGGAAAGAUGGUCAAACACUAGAAUGCGAGCCGACAAUACGUCCGUGGUCACGUUAAUGCUGGACCCGCCGGGCCCGCCGCGCGCCACCGUGCUGCGAUCACGCAGCAGCGGGCAGCGAGCCCCCACCGCCGCCGCCGCCCCCGCCCCGCCCUCCCCGCGCGCCUCGCCGCGCGCGUCGCCCGAGCCGCGCGCCGUGCCGCAGAACGGGCUCACCAUCAUGACGCGCUACUCCGACGCCGCCGCCGCGCCGCCGCUGCCGCCCUGCGCCACGCUGGACGCGCGCUUGCCCGCGCCGCCCGCCGCGCCCGACCCCGACGACGACGCCAUGCUCAACUACGGCAACCCCGCCGAGUCCUACUUCAUGGCGCGUCUGCUCAACCGUACGCGCGUCGUCAACACGCUGUCCGCCGUGCACGACGAGAUCUCCGGCAACCCCGCGCCGCGCGAGCCUUCCGAGCCGCGCGACCUGCCGCCCGGGCCCGCCACCGUCGUGCCGGACGUCGAUGCCGAGUCCGACGCAUCCACUGCUGACCGGCCUCCUCUACCACCACGAGCGGCGGCAGCCGAGCCUACCGCGUCCACUGUAGAACAUACCAAUACGACCGACGAUGACGGUGGUAUCCAAAUAAAUGAAGUUUCAUCGAGUUCACCAACAGAAGGUCCCUUGAAACCUCGCGGACGUCGUCCGCGCGGCGAUGCACGGCGCGACACGCCGGCCGCCGCGCCCGACCGCGUGCUGCGCUCGCACCAGGAGGCCGAGCCGCCGCAGCGCCCGCACACGCGCCAGCACACCCGCGCCAAGCCCAGCCCCGCGCCCGUCCCGCCGCCCUGCCCCGCACCUCCCCUCGACCGCGUCGUCAUCCUCACCCGCCGCGCCCCGCCAGCACCGGUGCCGCCUCCUCCGCCGCGUACCGACAGGCUGGCAGCCGGCGACGCCAAGCCCGCAGGACGCCGCAUCACUCCAGCGCCCGCCGAGCCCGCACCCGCAGACGACGACACCAAGCGCAAUGUCCCGCGCGCCACGCGCUCGCAGGGCACGCCGGGGGUGACGCCGCUGGCGCAGAAGAUAACCCGCAGCAUCGGGCUGUACGCCCGCGAGCUGCGCGGCGCGGCGGCGGCGGCGGCGGCGGCGGCAGGCGCGCGGGCGGGAAACUCGGCGCGCGCCCCGGGCCCGGCGCGGCGGACCCCGGCGGCGCGCCGCCCGCCCCCCGACCGCUCGAAGGAGAACCUCGGCGCCGCGAGGGGCCGCGCCCGCGCCCGCGCCGCGCCCGCCGCCUCGCCCCCGCCCCGCCCCCGCACGCGCCGCGCCGAUAGCGCCCACGACGCCGAGGUGCACUCCACCACGCAGGAGCCGCCGCCGCCCUCCGCGUGUGUCGGGGCACCGGCCCCGCCCGCCCCGGUGCGGCCCCGCGCACUGCGCUCGCGCAACGACGCGGCGUCGCCCGUGCUGCGCGCUCGCGACGCGGCGUGCAAGCGCUCGCGCUGCGGGGAGGACGGCGGCGGCGCCAGUAAGGCGGCGCGGCUGGCGGAGGGCGGCGGCGCCGGCAAGGUGGCGCGGCUGGCGCCGGAGCGCUGCGCGCGGGCGCUGGGGCGGCGCGCGACGGGCCCGUGGGCGCCGGCGCUGGCGCUGCGCAACCGCCUGCGCCGGCGCCUCGCCAAGUAGCGCGGUGCCGCCCGCGGUCCGGCGCCAGAGUCGGAUCCAAAGAUGACUGUGUCGUAUACGGUUGAUUUUCUGUUGUUGUUUUUUUAUUUUUAUCGGCGUCUCGGGCGUCGUAGGUAGUUCCGUAGAGUUGGUGACUCAGUCCGCGGCCGCAGACGCGCGGCCGCCGUCGACGUUAAACAAUAGUACAAAGGUAUAUUCUAUAUUUAACGUGUAAGUUUACCGCGUGGACCAGGAGGAUUUAUUAGCCCUAGUAGAUAUUUAUUUUCUCUAUAUUUAUAGCUUCUAUCGUAAUGCAUUUAACCGUAGGCGAAAUGUGAAUCUGAUUUUAAUUGUUGUGACGUUGAGUCAGAGGCUACGUAGUAACUUCAGAUAGAUAAACUGCCUUAUAAAGCGAGAGUACAACAUGUUAACAUUUUUAUAAAUAUUUUACAAUAAGAUGACAUUUUUUGAAAUUCAAGUUUAUAAGCAAUAUAGCCUUCUUCCUGAUCACGGGCUAGGUUGAUGUUAAUUAGACUCAUGAUAUGAUAAAUCGAUAGUACGACAUAACUGAGCAUGUGGCACUUUAGCUUUACACUGCAGUAUUUGUUAUAAUGUGGUGAUAUCCGUUUAUUAUUCACAAGAUAUUAGACACAUAAAAAUUUUGACAACUUGUUAAUAUACUGAUAGUAUACACAUAUUUAUUACAUACAAAUUCUUUAUUAUAUUACCUAAUUGGAACUAUACCAAGAGUGCUUUCUCGAAAUAACGUUAGUUAAGAGUGCUAUAUCUAAUUAUUAUGGAUAAUGUACAGACAAAUUUUGUACAGGUAACACCAAAAUUAUUUGUUUAGAUUGUGCUAAUAUGUAUUUUAUAUAAAACUAGCUAGAUAUUGGAGAAGUUAUUCUUUUGGGAAAAGAAUUGUUUUAUGUACUUCCUAAAUAAGCUUUAUUGAUUUUAGGACGUCAAACUGAAUGUUGUUACUUGUGCCGAAAUAGUUGACUGGGACGAGCUCGUGGGAGCGACGGUAACUUUGUUUACUAUGAACAUAUCUAUUAGCAUAAAAUAGUUGUACAAACACACAAAAGUGGAAACUCAACAUAUUUUCGGUUAAGGAUAAGUUGUUGGUGCGUGAACCAUUGUUAGUUAAUUUCUUCAUCGAUCUCCUCGUAGUUAUCCAUUUGUUAAAUAAUGCCUUACACUAUCCACCUCCACUUUAAAUUUAACUAUCGAAAUAAUGUGAUUAUGAGACCAUUGAUUUAUUUAAAAACCAAAAAAGGUUUUGCGUGAAUGCAACAUUGUUGAAACUGUAAAAUAUUAUGAAAAUAUUUUCUCUUACAGCAACAUUGACUUGAAUAGAUGUACCUAAGAAUGGACUGAAGAUGUAAUGUUAAGUUAAAAGAGUCCAAGUUAUGUACAUAUUAAUAUAAAUAAUGAAAAAGUAAUAGUGCCUCAUUUGUUACCGACUUAACAAAUACAUAGGUAAAAGUGUUCUUUCAUAUAUUGAGAUAUGUAUUUUUAUUGAAAAAAAAAUUUAUGCAUUGUAAUUUAGCUGUAAAAGAGGUUUAAUAUAAUUUGUUAAGCUAAUUGUGUAAAGAUUUUAAAUAUUGGCAGUCUGUCACUUAUAUCGUGAAAUCAAGAAAAUGUGUAGUUUAGUUAUUGAGUUUUGUUUUGUGACUUGUAAGGGACAGAAUGUCAAGUUGAGAAAUAAAUUGAAAUUGGUAACAAUUUUGUAACUUGGAGGGUAUUGCUGCCUUGUGAAAGAAGGCCGUAAUCUGACCACUGGGAUUAUGGCAAAUAAAUCGCUUACAAUAUAGAUUGAGAUGCUAAAACAAAUUUUAUUACUAUACAUUGAAAGUAAAAGCAUUAUUGUAGAUUUUAUUUUUUGAUUUAAAUAAAGUUUGUAUGAAAUA